UUUCCUCAACUGUGAUCUCCAUCGUCGUUUUGUGUUCUUCAAUAAGCUGUAUGCUACCUCACUGUCAAAGUUAUUAAAGAAUACAAUUGCCAAACGGUACAGGGCGAAAUAAAAACAAAGGAUAGGACGAAAAGCUGCGGUUUUGUCUGCAAGUUGAAAGACGAGGAAGAAUAGAGAUGAAAGGCAUGGUCUAUUUUGUUGAGAUUGCAGCACAUAGUCAGGGCACACUGAUUCUCUGCUUGAGUACCGCGAGCAAUUUUUGAUGGCAUAGCAUCAGUGGUAUUUCUUUUGCGAACACUGCCAUCACAUUGUAAAUGAUCGUUUGUUCCUUCACAUCUCCUACGAGAUUCCCUAUUGUCUCACAAAAGGAAGAGCGAUUAUGACAGCCAGGAACGAAAAUUACAUGCCAGAGGAGAUUUUGCCUCCAUUAUAUAAUAGAGAUGCCAACUCAACCCAUCGAUUGAGUCGAAUGGAUCUACAGCGAGCUAUAGGCGACGUCAAACGUUUCUUUGAGGCCCGUCUCGAAGAGGAUCUAAAUAUUGUGAAGCAUGCGGCGCCCCUUGCUUUUCUACGAGGAACCGGUGUCAACGACGAACUAGAUGGCACCGAGUCAAAAAGUGCCGUUCGGUUUAAGAUCCCUAAUCAAGAUAUUCCGCGAGGUAUCAAGGUAGACGCAGACAUUGCAAACCGAGAACGUCCUUACGAGAUGGACUGUGAAGUUGUGCAGUCGUUGGCAAAAUGGAAACGAGUGAUGCUUGGAAGACUUGACUGCGCGGUUGGUGAAGGUAUCUAUUGCGACUCAACCUCAAUCCGCAAAGGAUACAAAGGCGAUGUGACACAUUCAGCGAUUGCCGACCAAUGGGACUUCGAGAUUCGCAUCACUAAAGAACAGCGUAAUAUUGAAAAUCUGGUGACUUUCGUGCGAACCAUUUGGAGAAUCAUAAAGGAUGCCGAAAGCUAUGUCUUGGAAAAAUAUCCAGAGAUCCUUUCGAAAGGCCAUCCCACAGCACAGUGGCGUUUGCCUGAAGAUAUAACAAUCUUCACAUCUGAAGAGCUGCACGCCGAAUAUCCGAAACUAGACGCCCAUGGCCGAGAAAAUGCCGCGGUGAAUAAAUAUGGAGCGGUCUUUAUUGUCGGUAUGGGAUGGCCCAUGAAGGACGGCUCCGAUCCGGAAGAAGUACGAUCUCCUGGCUAUGACGACUGGAAUUUAAAUGGCGACAUCAUAGUUCGUCACCCCUUAACUGAAUACCGCCACGAGUUGAGCUCUAUGGGCAUUCGGGUGGACAAAGACGCUCUUCUCAAACAGCUCGAAUAUCGCGAGGUGCUAUACGAGAAAGAUUUGGAUUUUAUGAAGGCGGUCAUUGCCGAAGAAGUGCCGUUCUCUUAUGGUGGAGGCAUCGGAAUUUCCCGUACGUUGAUGUUGCUGUUACGUACGGCCCACAUUGGGGAAGUACAGGUUGGUCUUUGGCACGACGCUCACUACAAACAAGCCAUUGAAGCAGGGAUUGAUAUGAUCCCCGAUCGCAUCGUCAAGGUCGAGUGAAGAAAGUCACAUUUUCAGUGCAAACGUUGCAACAAUACAUUAUACGUGUGUUUCAUUGGAGCUCGGUUGAGGCAUCGGCACUUAAAGUUAAAUUACAUUAAUACUCUACCAAAAGAAUUUC